AUGGCCGACCAGAAUGAGGUGGAUCUAGACUCUGUCAUCGACCGACUGCUAGAGGUUCGAGGUAGUAGACCGGGGAAACAAGUCCAGCUCCUAGAAGCUGAGAUUCGCUAUCUGUGCACAAAGGCCAGGGAGAUCUUCAUUUCCCAGCCCAUAUUGCUAGAGCUGGAAGCUCCUAUCAAGAUCUGCGGCGACAUUCAUGGGCAAUACUAUGAUCUCCUCAGGCUCUUUGAGUACGGCGGCUUCCCUCCUGAAGCAAACUACCUCUUUCUCGGCGAUUAUGUGGAUCGAGGUAAACAGUCCCUGGAGACCAUCUGCCUUCUGUUGGCAUACAAAAUCAAAUAUCCAGAGAACUUCUUCAUCUUGCGAGGAAAUCACGAAUGUGCUUCCAUCAACAGAAUCUAUGGUUUCUACGACGAGUGCAAGCGGCGAUACAACAUUAAGUUGUGGAAGACCUUUACGGAUUGCUUCAAUUGCUUACCAAUUGCCGCCAUUAUUGACGAGAAGAUCUUUACCAUGCAUGGAGGCUUGAGUCCCGACUUGAACUCGAUGGAGCAAAUCCGCCGCGUCAUGCGUCCCACAGAUAUCCCUGAUUGUGGUCUUCUUUGCGAUCUGCUGUGGUCCGACCCUGAUAAAGACAUCACCGGAUGGAGCGAAAACGACCGUGGUGUUUCAUUCACCUUUGGCCCUGAUGUUGUUUCCCGAUUUCUGCAGAAACACGACAUGGACUUGAUCUGCCGUGCCCAUCAAGUCGUGGAGGACGGAUACGAGUUCUUCUCCAAGCGACAACUCGUCACCCUGUUUAGCGCACCGAAUUACUGUGGCGAGUUCGACAAUGCCGGAGCCAUGAUGAGUGUGGAUGAGAGCUUGUUGUGCUCGUUCCAGAUCCUCAAGCCGGCUGAGAAGAAACAAAAGUACGUUUAUGGCUCAAAGAGCUCGAGCACUCCGCCUCGCAAAUCCAAGAAUUAG